UGCCACACAGUUCAAACGUUCAAGAUCAAAUUCGUUAGCAGCAUAAUAAGGUCAUAUUUUUUACGGCGAUGAUACGCUGAUCGUGCACGUAAACUUACGAGGGGUGCUUACAAACUUGCAUCUCAGUGAUGUUCAUUUUUUAUACUUUUAACUUCUUGGAGCUUUUACAAUGGUUUGGAAAAAUGCUGGUGGGCACGCAACAACACCAUCCAAGACUAGGAACUUACUAUUCCUAUUUCCUAGUGCACAAAUAAACCUGUAUAACUUUUGGCAUUACUAUAAAUUGUUGGUAAUCAGAAAGUAAAAACUGUUAAGUAGA